AUGCUCUGUUUUAUCUAUCUAUCUAUCUAUCUGUUUGUUUCUAUUUAUCUAACUCAUUUUGUGCAUAUCUAUCUAUCUAUCUAUUUCUGUUUGUUACUAUCUAACUCGGUUUGUUCAUAUCUAUCUAUCUAUCUAUCUAUCUAUCUAUCUAUCUAUCUAUCUAUCUCAGUCUAUUUGUAUCUAUCUAUGACUUUUUAUUCACCAUUUAUCUCAGUUGUUGUUAUUUAUCUAUCUAUGUAUCAGUCUGUUCAUAUUCAUCUGCUUCAUUAUCUAUCUAUCUAUCUAUCUAUCUAUCUAUCUAUCUAUCUAUCUAUCUAUUUACACUGGUUAAAUAUGUUAAUUGCUGUUUCACUCAACCACUCAAUAUACCCUUUAUCUAUCUAUCUAUCUAUCUAUCUAUCUAUCUAUCUAUCUAUCUAUCUAUCUAUCUAUCUAUUAUAUACCAUUCUUCUACUUGGGACCCUUCCUCUUCUUCGUUUUGAAUUCUUCUUCUUGAAUUUUUGUUGUUCUUGCAUUCAUCUUAUUCGAUUAUUCUUCUUCAUUCGUCUUCUUGGAUUUUUAUUCUUUGGCUCUUCUUCCUGCUUUCUUUCUAAGUUCGCGUUCUUAUUCUUUUACAUCUUCUUGGAUAAUACUUUUGGAUUCUUCUUCUUGGAUUUUUCUUCUUUGACUUUUCAUUUUCGUGCAUUCUUCUUGGAUUUUUCUUUUCCAUCUUGGAUAAAUAUUUUGGAUUCUUCUUCUUAUUUCGUCUUGGUUCCUUCUUCUUGCAAUCAUCUGCUUUUUUCACUCUUCUUCUUCUUGGAUUCCUUGUUUUGUUUCUUCUACUUUUUCUUGGGUUCUUCCGCCUUGAAUCUUCUUAAUUUUAGAUUCUUCUUGGGUUAUUCUUCCUUGACUCUUCUUGCAUUAUUCUUGGAUGCUUCUUCCUCUUGUACUUUUCACGCUUUUUUCUUUUUGCAUUCUUCUUCUUGGCUUCUUCUUUUUCUUGGAUUCGUCUUCUUUCACACUUCUUGCUUUUCCUUGGAAAACUCUUCUAUUUUUUCGAGGAUUAUUCGUCUUCGAUUCUUCCUCUUUUUUUUAUUCUUCUUUUUCUCUCCUUGGAUUAUACUUCUUCUCUUCCUUCUAAUUCUUCGAUUCUUCUUCUUUGACUCUUUUUCUCCUUCUUCUUGGUUUCCUCUUCUUGGACUCUCCUUUUUUAUUCUUGUUUUUCUUCAUUUGGGAUUCUUCUUUUUCGAUUCUUCUUCUUUUUUAUUAUUCUUCUUUGACUCUUCUUCUUCUUGA